GAUACUAUACAAAAAUCGAUGGCACUGCUAUCGAAGCUCAAGUACAGUUUAUGGACCGAUAAACCGAUGGAUGAUUUUGAGGAUAGCGAAUUGGACGUUCAAUUAUGGACAGCGGCGCUGAAUGAGUUGCGGACGAAAAUGGGUGGCAGAGACAUGUGUGUGUACUCCACUGUGCCGUGGUUGUUUGAAGAAUGUUACCUCUACAGGCGUGUUCGAGAGGCUAUGGUGAUCCCUCACAGAGCUACUGCGCUUGGUGUAAGUGAACCGCUGGAUCCGUUCGCGCAGAAGAAGCACACGGCAUGGGCUCAGAGCGCAGCGCCAGUGGCAACUGCUACUGAGAGGUAUCGGAAGAGUCGCCAAGACGAGCGCUCCUAUGACGAACAACUGGCAGGUCUUAUAUUGGCUUCACUAUGGGGCAACAGGAACGACCUCUCACUGCAUAUCAACACUGCAGUGGACAACUCUGCAGUAGAAACUGAUGUCACGGAGUACAGUAGCAGCCAUGUGCUCGUCGAUCACGUCUCGGCUAUUGUGGAGUGUGUCAAGGAUAUAGGCGACGAGUCCGCUCGCAUAGACAUAAUUCUUGAUAAUGCUGGGUUUGAGUUGUUCAAUGACCUGCUCUUAGCAGAUCACCUGACGCGAGCGGGUAAGAAUGUCAAAGUGUACCUACACGUCAAGCAAUUUCCCUGGUUCGUUUCCGAUGCUACUGAGACCGAUGUCAUGCAAACAAUAGAUGAAAUGCGGAGAAGUGAAAACGAAGAUAGCCAAUGGUUGGGCGGUCGGUUGAAGGAGAAUUUAGCGUCGCAGAAAUGGGUGAUAACUACUCACACCUUCUGGACUCUGUGGAAUGACUACCAUCAUAUGGAAAGUGUGGCACCCGAUUUGUUUGCGGAGUUGAGCAAGUCGCAACUGCUGAUAUUCAAAGGCGACCUUAACUACCGGAAGCUACUUGGGGACAGACCCUUUCCUGCCCGGGAAGCCUUCGCUGAUUGUGCCCCGAAGUUCGGCAGUGCACCCUACUGUGCGCUGCGCACAAACAAAUCCGAGGUUAUCUGUGGUUUGAGUGAAGAGACUUUAGCUUCUGUUAGCGAUGGCCCCAACAACGACUGGAUGGUCACCGGAGACUACGGGGUGGUGCAAUUUUAUCCAGCCCCGUAGUCGUGGUGUGGUUAUUGUACGUCCUUGCUGUGCUAUGUAGUGCCAUCUUGGUCAGGUACAGCCUUAGUGUAACACUUUGCAGUAUGUCGGGGGCUCUGCACUUUUCCGGCAAAGCGGUGGUGAUAUUACGACCGUGCCUUGAGCUGAAGGACUCCUGUACUUCCGUUCUGUGCCGUAAUUUUGAUACUCUGUGAGAAUUACCCGCCGCAGCAUUGGUGUUUAAGUCUGGACUUUGCAUAAAAAAUGAGAAUAUGCUGCCCGUACUGUAGUCGUGGUACAGUCUCAGUACCGGCGAAUACCGUGUACCUAAGUAGAGGUCUGGUGUGUUCAUGCAAAUCAGAACAGUUACAUUCACUUUGCCUUAGCAGUGGUGUGAUUAAUCCCCG